GAAGCUCUAAUUAAUCAACUAUCGAGAAUAAUAAUAUAGAAGUCGAGCGACCGUACUCGUAGUAAUAUCGCGCGUAUAUACGAGCACAGCCGAGAGAUAAGGGAUUACAAUAUUACAUAUCCAAGUUUUAACUUUAAAUUUUAGCGCGAUAAUUACUCGAUCGAAGUAAAGAAUGUGCAGAAAGAAAAGACAGAAGAACAACUUCCCAGCGUCCAUGGGAGACGGCGAGCAACUCUACUGUAAGAUCUGCAUGAUCCUGUUCUCGGAGAAGCUCGAUCUGCAGCAGCACGUGUUCAAGAAGCACCCGGAGAUCGACCGGCCGUUCAUCUGCGACAAGUGCCCCGCCGCCUACGCGACCAAAGCGGGUCUGCGGCAGCAUCGCUCCAACUCGCACGAGCCCAAGUUCGCCUGCGACGAGUGCCCCCUGAAAUUCGGCAACGGCGCCUAUCUGCGCCAGCACAAGGACCGCGAGCAUCGUCGCCUCAAGCCCUUCAGCUGUCACGAGUGCGCCAAGGCGUUCACGCGCAAGUACAAUCUCCGGCAGCACGUCGACCUCGUGCAUCUCGGCGUGAAGAAGUUUAAGUGCGGCCAGUGCGACAUGAGCUUCGGCUGGCGCAGCACUCUGACCUUCCACUUCGCCAGUUGCCACCUACCGCCCAACUUCCACUGCGACGAGUGCGGCAAAAAGUUCGGCCUGAAGAAUCAUCUGAGGCGGCACGUGGAGUCGGUGCAUCUCGGCAUGAGGUAUCACAAGUGUCCCGAGUGUCCGCGCCAGUUCGCGCGCAAGGAUAAUAUGGAGUCGCAUCGAGUCAGUAUACACGUGCUGGGUGGGCGAAGCACGAGGAAGGUUUAAAUAUGGGGGAAAAAUUGAGCGAUGUAUAUAAACGAGCAGCGUAUAAGUUGUUGAUGUAAAUACUUUAUCUGUAGUUAAUGUAUAAAAAUAAUAAGAUAAAAGCCAUUAAUAUAUAAUAAUAUAUAUUAUGUAAUAUUGUUAUAUAUAAUAAUUAAUUAAAUUAUUCAUUUUUAUACUAUUUUGUAUUGAGAAUAAAGUAUACAUGACAUACAACUUAAAAAAAGAGAAAAAA